GCCCAGCUCCCCGGGGGCGGCCCGGGCCGCGGCGGCCGCCGCCCGGCUACACGGCGGCUUCGACUCGGACUGCAGCGAGGACGGCGAAGCGCUCAACGGCGAGCCGGAGCUGGACCUCACCAGUAAGGUAGGCCCGGGCGCCGGCGGCGGCGCCGAGGGACGCGGCGCCAAGCGGAGCGGGAGGGCGGCCGGCCGGCUCCGGGGGACGGCGGGGGCGGGGGUGAGCCGCCCACCUGCCGGGGCGGGCCGCGAAGGGGGGCUCCCGGGCGACGGGCGGCCGCCGCACCGCGUCCUCCCUCGGCGGCGCCAACCCGGCCGCCCGCCCCCCGCCGGCCGGCUCCCGCCGAGAUCCCAGCCCUCGGCUCCGCCACGUGGAACAGGGGCCCCGACGCCGGCGGCGCCGCCUGCCCCGAGCCCGAGCGUGGCCCUCUCCCUGGACUGGCCCCUGCAGGCGGCCGAGCGUCGGAGGAGGCUCGGGCAGGGGGCGCGCAGGCGGGAGGGUCAGGUAGUCCGAGGGGGCGCGGGGCAGCCGCGUCCUUCCUGGUGUCGGGAAGGGAAACAGCAAGUCGUCGCUCCGUCGGGGAGAAGGUUGUCUGAGGAAUGUCUGGGGAUUUACAAAUCCACCCAAAACAGAAGUGGAAGGUGGCAUGACCCAUAAUCUCGCCAUCCUGGGGGCGGAGCCUCGUCUCGUAUGAAUGGAAUAAAAACGUUUUAAAUCGUGUCUUCUGAGAAGGUAGGCAGGAAUUAAAGGCUCGCCUUCUGGUUGCCGUUUUGGGGAUAAAAAAGUAAGUAUAAGAUGUGACUGGUGUUUUGAAGGCGCUUAACGUUGCUAAAGGAAAGUUAGAGCUCGGUUCCCUUUCCUGUCCUGCCACUUAAAAAGGCUCUGUGACCUUGGAAAAGUUUCCUAACCUCUCAGUUCUCCAGCUACAUCAUUUUUUAAAUGCCGAUGCCUGUUAAAAUGAGAAUCGUAUGUAAGACACCUACUAUAGUGCCUGAUACAGACUACUCAGUAAAUGUUUGAUGUGAAUCGAAUAAACUGGUAAUUCCCUUUGCAGGUUAAAUAGCAGCAGAUGGAAGACAGAACCCCAGUGCCGCCUCCCACUUGUUGAAUAGUUACAAUAGAGAUAUUUAACAAGCUUUGAAAACGUUUGUGACUUUUCACAGUCUUUGGUGGCAAAAUUGCGUGAAACUUGGCCCAAACUUGGGAGGACUUUCCCUGCGACCUAAGCAGCCACGUUUCAGCCGCUCUCUCUCCCUCCAGUCUCAGCUGAGCACUGAGAAGCCACACUGGGCUUAUCACAGUGGUCCUAUCUGGUGCUUCUCAUGUCGUAAUGAGCACAGCUGAGCUUGGAGAGGGACAGUCUGGGGAAGUGUGUGAGGCAGUGUGACAUGCUGCAGAAGACCCACACAGCACCCAGGUUAUAAGUACAGGCUCUGAUGAGUCAACUCAGGAAAUUUUACAAGAUGCGCUUGACUCAAAAGCAGACCAGGUGGAUGUCAGUUCAUGGUCAAGCUGCUGAAGAAAUCUGAAAACUCAGGGAAAUUGCAGGGCAGAGUUGCAAAGACAGUAGUAUCUUCAUUUCCUGACCAGCUUCUUUAGUGUCCUAGGAUAGGGAAGUGUUACUUCAUCACAUGGCCCACGGAGUCAUCCUCACUGUUUAAAGCUGAGAAGCUGUAUGAGAAUAAACAUCGAUGAUACUGAAGAGAAAAACUGACUAUGCGGAGGGAGAGAAGGGAUGGGUUGAACAGAUUGAUUCCUGAGGCAAAGAUUAGAAGCUGCAAGUUUAUCCACUUGCUACAUGAAAUGUGGGGACCUCAGGGUCUGUCCGAGAGCUUCCGAUGGGAGGAUCAAUUAGUGAGCUGUGGUGGCGAGUUUCAUCCAAGGUCUUUUUAGCAAUGAUUGGGUGAAGAAACUGUAAUUGCCACUUACUGAGCUGUGGACUAGAUGCUUUCCAUGUUAUCUUAUUCUGUCUUUACAGCGGCCUGAGGAUGCAGGUUGUAUUUUAUGGAUUAAAAAACCUAGACUUGAAGAGGUUAGGCAUCUUGUCCAAGGUCACAUCUGGUUCUAGUGAGCCCUACAUCAGAGCAGUAUGACAGCCUCCUUCGGCAGAUGUGGGAGAGGAUGGACGAGGGAUGCGGAGAGACCAUAUAUGUCAUUGGGCAGGGAUCAGGCUGAUGUCUGGGCUCUUGUCACCAGAUGGGACUGAGUACGGGCUGAGUGAAGCUGACAUGGAGGCCUCCUACGCCACAGUGAAGAGCAUGGCUGAACAGAUUGAGGCCGAUGUCAUCCUCCUGCGGGAACGUCAAGAAGCUGGGGGCCGUGUGCGUGAUUACCUGGUCCGGAAACGAGUAGGAGACAAUGACUUCCUGGAGGUCAGGGUAGCAGUAGUGGGCAACGUGGAUGCCGGCAAAAGCACGCUUCUGGGGGUCCUGACACACGGGGAGCUGGACAAUGGCCGAGGCUUUGCCCGCCAGAAACUCUUCCGCCACAAGCAUGAAAUUGAAUCUGGUCGCACCAGCAGUGUGGGCAACGACAUUCUGGGCUUUGACAGCGAAGGCAAUGUGGUGAACAAGCCAGACAGCCACGGUGGCAGCCUGGAGUGGACAAAGAUUUGUGAGAAAUCCACUAAGGUGAUUACUUUCAUCGACUUGGCUGGCCAUGAGAAGUAUCUGAAGACCACUGUCUUUGGCAUGACGGGCCAUUUGCCCGACUUCUGCAUGCUCAUGGUGGGCAGCAAUGCUGGCAUUGUGGGGAUGACUAAGGAGCACCUGGGCUUGGCGUUGGCACUCAAUGUGCCUGUCUUUGUGGUGGUCACCAAGAUUGACAUGUGUCCUGCCAACAUCCUGCAAGAAACCCUGAAGCUGUUACAGCGCCUGCUGAAGUCACCAGGCUGCCGGAAGAUCCCUGUGCUGGUGCAGAGCAAGGACGAUGUGAUUGUCACGGCCUCCAACUUCAGUUCUGAGAGGAUGUGCCCGAUAUUCCAGAUCUCCAACGUUACAGGCGAGAACCUAGAUCUGCUGAAGAUGUUCCUCAACCUCCUCUCUCCCCGCACCAGCUACCGGGAGGAAGAGCCUGCUGAGUUUCAGAUUGAUGACACCUACUCUGUCCCGGGUGUGGGGACAGUGGUGUCGGGCACAACACUGAGGGGCCUGAUCAAGCUGAAUGACACGCUGCUGCUGGGCCCAGAUCCCCUGGGUAACUUCCUGUCCAUUGCUGUAAAAUCGAUCCAUCGCAAGCGAAUGCCUGUCAAGGAGGUGCGGGGCGGGCAGACGGCCUCCUUCGCGCUAAAGAAGAUCAAGCGCUCGUCCAUCCGGAAGGGCAUGGUGAUGGUUUCCCCACGCUUGAAUCCCCAAGCAUCCUGGGAGUUUGAGGCCGAGAUCCUCGUCCUCCACCACCCCACCACUAUUAGCCCACGCUACCAGGCCAUGGUGCACUGUGGCAGCAUCAGGCAGACAGCCACCAUUCUGAGCAUGGACAAGGACUGUCUGCGCACUGGGGACAAGGCCACCGUGCACUUCCGCUUCAUCAAGACCCCUGAGUACCUGCACAUAGACCAGCGGCUGGUGUUCCGGGAAGGCCGCACCAAGGCUGUGGGCACCAUCACCAAGCUUCUCCAGACCACCAACAACUCCCCAAUGAACUCCAAGCCCCAGCAGAUUAAGAUGCAAUCGACAAAAAAGGGCCCCCUGACCAAACGAGAAGAUGGGGGCUCGGCUGGAGGGCCAGCAGUAGGGGCACCUCCGCCUGGAGACGAAGCCUGCUCUCUAGGAGCUGCACAGCCAGCUACGUCCAGCAGUCUCCAGCCACAGCCCAAGCCCAGCAGUGGCGGCCGGCGACGGGGGGGCCAGCGUCAUAAGGUGAAGUCCCAGGGGGCCUGUGUGACCCCUGGCAGCGGCUGCUGAAUCUACCCCAGGCCCACCCCGUCCACCCAAAGGAUCCUCGUACUCUGGCCACUGCUCCACCAGAUGGGCCAGAGCAGCUCUGACCACCACUCACCCUCCCCCAGGCCACAGCCGGAGCCUCAUCAUUCCCUCACCCCCGUUUUCCAGGGGGUUGUAAUUUAUAAGCUGAGGAAGGUGGCCAGACUUCUGGAGGACUGACCAUCUCCCACCCUCUUCCCUGCCUUCUUCCUCACCCCUGUUUUUUGUACAUCUGGGCCCUUAGUUUUUAUUCUUUUUAUUAUAUAUCUAUCUCUCUACUGUGUGUGUGCAUGUGUGCGCGUGCGUGUGCGUGUGUGUUGCAGGAGUGCGGCUGGUCAGGGUCCUGGCAGUCUCUCUUUUUCUCUUCCCUGGCCGCCUGCCCGUUCAUCCGCGUGUCUCUGCAAGAACCUUCAGGGGCUGUCAGGAGCUGAAGGCGCCCUCCUUCCCUGGGUUCUCUCCUCUGUGCCCGGAGCUCCUCCAUGGAGCCAGACGCCGGCCUGAGGGGCUUCUGGGUGUAAGUGUCUGCUGCUGCCAGAGCAGGGAGCCCUCCAGCGAUGUGGGGACUUUAACAGGUGGAGAGUGGUGGCUUCCUCUUUUCUCUGUCUCCCUCUUUUUCUCCUUAAACCCCAGAACAGGUAAUGCCAAAAGCUCUUAAGUUGUAACGUGUAGAUGUGUGGAGGGGAGAGGCGAUUGGAUUGUAGGACCCUCCCCGCCCCUAACUCUGACCCUUGCCACUGACCCAAAGAUGGAUGGUGGCUUUGCUUUCCCCUUGGAGACAAUCCUGUGCUUGCCUGGCUGGCCAGGGUGAUGGCUGCUGUGCCGAUCAGCCGGGCUGGAGGCUCUCUCCUUGCCCAGGAGCCACCUCCUGCUUGGACUUUGACUCUGAAUCUUGUUGGGCCUCGGCGCUUAGCCUGCUCAGGUUGUGCUCACUAGCGCCUCCCAUUGGUUGGGGUACGGGGUGUUCCUCUGAGCCAGGCCAGGCACCCCUCCUUCCCCACCACACCCCUGCCACGUCGCCCCAACAUGGCUGCUACAGGAGCACAACAGUGAAGGGCCUGAGCCCCAGGUUUGGACACCCCGAUUGGGGUGUGGGGAGGCAGGCAGGGCAGAGUGAAAAAGACUCUUCCAGGCCCAGCACAGAGCAGUCAGAUCUCUGGAAUAAUCACUGCCUGGGUGGCGGUGGGUUUCCCAGGCCAGAGAUGGCAGUGGGGCUCUGAGCCAGCCUUGUCCGAGCUGUGGACUGAAGCCCCAGUUUAGGGUGAACUGAUGGGCGGAGACGUGUUCCUUCUCUCGCCGGGCAGUCACCCAGCUAGCUGGGUCCCUCCCCAGCCUUGCCGCCCCCUUCCCUGUUCCUCCUGCUUCCAGGCUGCUGGUUCCUCUCCAACCCUCCUUCCAGUUACUUCUAGUUACCACUAACCUGUGGCCAUGGACUGACCAGACCAGCACACAAAAUAAAAGUUUGUUUGAAGUUGA